AUGGUGACAGUGCUGGGGAGCUUCCUCAUUGUUCUUCUGAUCAGACUGGACAGCCGACUCCACACGCCCAUGUAUUUCUUUCUCACCAACCUCUCCCUUGUUGAUGUCUCUUAUGCCACAACCAUAGUCCCUCAGAUGUUGGUUCAUUUUCUCGUAGAACAUAAAGUAAUCCCACUCGUGAGCUGUGCAGCCCAGUUAUUUUUUUCCCUGGGAUUGGGUGGGAUUGAGUUUGUUCUACUGACAGUGAUGGCUUAUGACCGCUAUGUGGCUGUGUGUGACCCCCUGCGAUACCUGGUCAUCAUGCAUGGAGGGUUCUGUACUAGGUUGGCCAUCACAUCCUGGGUCAGUGGCUCUGUCAACUCUCUCAUGCAGACUGUGAUCACCUUUCAGCUGCCCAUGUGCUCCAACAAGUUUAUUGAUCACAUAUCCUGUGAACUCCUAGCUGUGGUCAGACUGGCCUGUGUGGACACCUCCUCCAAUGAGAUUGCAGUCAUGGUUUCUAGCAUUGUCCUGCUGAUGUCACCAUUCUGCCUGCUUCUCUUGUCUUGUGUCAAGAUCAUCUCCACCAUCCUAAAGAUCAGGUCCACAGAGGGAAGAAAGAAAGCCUUCCACCUCACAGUGGUUGUCUUGUGCUGUGGCAUGGCCAUUUUCAUUUACACCCAGCCCCACUCUGGCCCCUCUGGCCUUCAGAAGAAGUUGAUCUCUCUCUUUUAA